ACUUUGGAGUUUGGACUCACUCACUGACAUAGUGAAAGUUCUCUCUUGUGUUGGUCUCAUUUUUAUCUUGAAAUUGCUCUCUAAAAUAUUUCCAAUAUUCCAAUAUUUAAAAAUGUUAAACAUGUCAAAAACCACACCUCUUCUACAGACAUUGCGAUCUUUCUCCGGGUACCGUUCCAUCUCCAAUGUGAGUAUCAUCGGAGGAGGCUUGAUGGGUUCUGGCAUUGCUCAGGUAGCUGCAGCUGCUGGAAACGAUGUAAAUGUGAUUGAAGUUAAUGACAAAGCGUUGGAAAAGUCCAAGGCAAUCAUUACCAAAAGUUUAGAACGUGUCGCAAAGAACAAAUUUAAGGAUGACCCAUCAAAGGCUGCCAGUUAUGCUCCCUCCAUCCUUAAAAAAAUCAGUUUCACCCAAGAUUUGGGUGUUGUGAAAGGUUCGGGAUUAGUUUUAGAAGCCAUAGUAGAAAACUUGGUAGCGAAACAAAAGUUGUUUAAAGAAGUUGAAUUGCUAACUACUGACACAACCAUUUUAGCCUCCAACACCAGCUCCAUACAAAUUAAAGAUAUUGCUCUUCAUUCAAACCGUAAAGAUAAAUUUGCUGGUCUACAUUUCUUCAACCCAGUGCCCAUGAUGAAAUUAUUGGAAGUUAUAAGCACUCAAGAGACGUCACAAGACACAUAUCGGAAGCUAAUGAAUUGGGGACAGUCGAUAGGAAAAGUAUGUGUAACCUGUAAAGACACCCCAGGAUUUAUUGUAAAUAGACUGCUGGUGCCAUAUCUCGUACAAGGGGUGUUAAUGUAUGAAAGAGGCGACGCAUCUACUACUGAUAUUGACAUUGCAAUGAAGCUGGGGGCUGGCUAUCCCAUGGGCCCGUUUGAACUAGCGGACUAUGUUGGCUUAGAUGUCAUACUUUUUAUUCUACAAGGUUGGGUUAAAAACCAUCCGGACAAUGCUAGCUUCGUGGUGCCCAAAACUCUUGAAAAACUUGUUCAGGAAGGAAAAUUGGGAGUCAAAUCCGGCUCAGGAUUCUACAAUUAUGAUAAGAAAGGAAAAUAAUGUUAUAGUUUUAAUUGAGCUUUAUUUUAAAUCACAACUUUUGUUCAAUCAAGAGAACGCAUGAAAUGUGCAGAUUUGUGAAUGUUGUUUCUUAUUUUAGAAAGUAAAAUUAUAUAACAAGACCUUAAUUAA